ACAAGGGCUGGAGCAGGAGAUGGUUCUCGCCAUGCUGGGGACUCUGUAUCCCAGGGCCGGGCUGAGCCUCUUCCUCCUCUACCUCGUCCUGGCUGCUGCACUCCUCCGCCCCCAGCCGCUGAGGCCUCAGCGAUCUGUCCCUGAAGAACUUUCAGCCCCUCUGGAACUCUCGCAGCCACUUUCUGGCCUAGUGGAUGACUAUGGGGUUCGACCCAAGCACCCCUGGCCGCGAGGGCCUCGACCCCUUCUCUCCCGGGCCCAGCAGCGCAAGCGGGACGGGCCGGACAUGGCUGAGUAUUACUAUGAUGCACCCGUGUGACGGGAGCCCCUUAUAAAGCUAUUCUGUGCAG